AUGCUGGCUGUGAGCUCGUCGCUCGCCAUUGCCGAUGUGCACAACGAGAAGGCUAACACGUAUCCAGGUGCGAGCUUCGUGAUUACGAAAAAGGGCCUGAAUGCGUCCAUGGAGAAGAACGGCUUCGACGGUGACGGCUUCGGAUACCUGCGAAACCCGACGUGGUGGGCGGGCAUAACGACGAUGGUACUCGGCGAGACAUUCAACUUCGCGGCGUAUGCGUUUGCGCCGGCGAUUCUGGUGACGCCGCUGGGCGCGCUUUCGGUGCUCAUUGGCGCGGUCCUGGGGUCGUAUUUCCUCGACGAACAGCUGGGUUUGCUGGGAAAGAUUGGCUGUGCGAUCUGUUUGAUCGGGUCGGUGAUUAUAGUGCUGCAUGCGCCGCCGGACAAGGAGGUUGCGUCGGUGGAUGAGGUGUUGAAUCUGGCGAUUCAGCCAGGCUUCCUCUUCUACUGUCUAUUCGUGGCGGUGUUCUCGAUCUUUAUGAUCUACAAGAUCGCGCCCAAGUAUGGGCGCAAGAAUCCGCUCAUCUACUUGUCGAUUUGCUCGACGACCGGCUCGGUGUCGAUCAUGUUCAUCAAGGCGUUCGGUCUGGCGCUCAAGAUGACGUUUGCGGGUAACAACCAGUUCACGCAUCCCUCGACAUACGUGUUCGUUAUCAUGAUCGUGGGAUGCAUUCUCACGCAGAUGAACUACUUCAACAAGGCGCUGAGCCAGUUCUCGACGAACAUCGUCAACCCUCUUUACUAUGUCACAUUCACCACAUGCACACUCGUCGCAUCUUUCCUUUUGUUCCAAGGCUUCAACACCACAUCCGCCGUAAAUACAAUCUCCCUCCUCUGCGGCUUCCUCAUCAUCUUUUCCGGCGUAUACCUCCUCAACCUUUCGCGCGACGACCCCAACGGCAACAGACAUCUCGGCUCGCAAUUCACCGAUGGCGCACCUUCAGACGCAAUCUCCGGCUUCCCCACACGACGCAGCAUGCAAGCGCGCCGAAGCACCGAAUUACAAAGCCCAUUCCUGGGCGGAGGACAUGCCUCGAGAAACGGUGCGCCAGACCAGAGGGCGCUGAUGCACGACUACGACAUUGAGAACCAAUUCGAGCUGGGCGAUCUCGCGGAAGAUGAUGAUGAGGGCGGCAGCGCGAAACGCACAAGUUUUGAUGAGGAUCAGAGGAUGCAGGGUAGACUCAGCGGGGCGGGAAGAGGGCGCGUACAUAAAGAGUCGAUACAGCCCAAGAGGAACAGCUCAUUACGGUGA